AUGGAUUGUACUGGUUUUCUAAGGCUUUACCUAGUUUCUUUUACAUUUGGUGAAACUGCUGGUAACGCCCUAGUCAUUCAUCCUGAUGUUGAUAAAAUUGCGUUUACUGGUUCAACAGCUGUAGGACAAUUGAUUGGUCAGAAUGCUUAUAAACAUGGUGUGAAACGAAUUACUUUAGAACUUGGCGGAAAGAGUCCAUUAAUUAUUUUCAGUGAUGGUGAUUUUGAUCGAGCCAUAGCUACGUCACAUUUUGGUUUAUUUUUCAAUCAAGGCCAAUGUUGUUGUGCAAGUUCACGUAUAUUUGUCGAAGAAUCAGUUUAUGAUAAGUUUGUUGAAUAUAGUAGUGAAGAGGCUAAAAAACGUGUAGUUGGUAAUCCUUUUGAUUUAAACACAACACAAGGUCCACAAGUUGAUGAACACCAAUAUCGAACAGUUAUGUCAUACAUUGAAUCUGGUAUAAAGGAAGGUGCCAAAUUAUGUGCCGGUGGCAAACGGUUUGAAUCAGAUGGUUAUUUCAUUCGUCCUACAGUUUUUGCUGAUGUUCAAGAUGAAAUGCGCAUUGCUCGUGAGGAAAUAUUUGGACCUGUAAUGCAAAUUAUGAAAUUUCGAUCAUUAGAUGAAUUGAUACAUAGAGCAAAUCAUACACAAUAUGGUCUUGCAGCUGGUAUAUUCACUAAUAAUUUAGAAAAAGCUAUGCAUGUUAUGCAACAUUUACAGGCUGGCACUGUUUGGAUCAAUUGUUAUGAUGUUUUCGAUGCUGCCGCACCUUUUGGAGGUUAUAAGUUUUCUGGAGUUGGUCGAGAACUAGGUGAAUAUGGUUUACGAAAUUAUACAGAAGUCAAAACUGAUGAUAAAAUUCCCGCAUCAGAGAUUUACGUGAAAGGUGAUUACAAAAUAGAUUCUAAGAACAGUUUUGAUAUCGUUUUCAGUGGCGAUAUUGCUAGUAUGCAGUCAAUGCUCAAUGAGAAAAAUAGAUUGCGUGAAAAUUGCUGCAGACAUGUCGACUUCUAUCAUAUGAUCACUCAUUCAGACAAGCGUUUAAAUGAACAAGAGCAUUACGAACAGCAAAGAAAUUAG